AUGGAUACUACUACAAAGAUAACAACCAAAGAAUAUGAUGAUCACAACAAAGAAGCUACAAGUUCAGGUGAUGAAGAAUUGACAUAUCAAGGACCAUAUCAAAUGAUUAUAGGGAAGUUGUUGUAUCUUACUGUCAUUAGACCUGAUAUAUCAUACAAUGUGCAGACACUAAGUCAAUUUCUUCAAAAACGAAAGAAGUCACAUAUUGAUGCAGCUAUGAGAAUUAUCAAAUAUGUCAAAGGAAAGCCAGGUCAAGGAGUGUUACUGUCUAGCAACAAGCAAGAUGUUCUAACUGCAAACUAUGAUGCAGGUUGGGCUUCAUGUCCCUUCACAAGAAAAUCAGUUACAGGAUUUGCAAUCAAACUUGGAGACUCACUAAUCUCCUGGAAAUCAAAGAAGUAG